AUGGACUAUCUUCCGGGCCUCGCUUAUCUCAACUACCCUAACGCCUUGCGUCCAAUCUUCAGUAACCUUCCUGAAUCUAUCUGUGCUAACUGGAACAAGUAUGUCGUAGAACACUUGUUACGAAGUUACACUGCUUACCUUACCUCUAAAUGUAAAGCAAAGGUGAGAUGCAGCAAAUGUAAUAGUGAUCGCCACUUAAUGCUCCUCCACAAAUACUUACUCUCCACAUGUAGUGCAUCAAAGGAAGUAAAAUUUAGCCGUCUGGUUUCAGGAUUACAAGUUAAAUCGUUGAACGGUAACUGUGAAGAUCUACCAACUGUAAUUGAAUGCAAUAACAUUCCAAAGGACAAACGAGAAAUUCCCACUCCAGAAUUGGCCAAGCAGUAUAAUCAUCUGAGAGAUAUAGCCAACGACAUUCCACCUAUUCAUCCAGACGCUGAAAUUCAGUUGUUAAUGGUCGGAACGCCCCGGAAAUUAUGAAAGUAAGAGCAUUUCACAAUGGAUCACCUGGUUCACCAUGGGCGCACAAGCUUUGCAUCGGUUGGACAAUUUGUGGCUAUCAAUGUAUUGACCGCCUUGGAGGUCCCAUUCACGUUCUGACUAAUCGAAUUGUAUAUCACAACGUGCAAAGACCAAUUGGGAUUUAUGACGCAGCACCCGAAAUUAUACAAAAUCCUGACGUGAAGGAUCAGAGAAAAUCUAAGAUUUCCCCUUGCAUACAACACCAAUUUGCACCCUGUCCCAAUAACUUCUCUAUCAAAGAUCCUUUCUCCAGGUCUCGGGACGAGAUACACGUUUACCGGAGAACAGAUCGCGAUAACGAGCCUUCAUUGUCUAUCAAAGACCACCGUUUUCUCGAAGUUAUGGAAUUGAGUGUGCAGAAGAACGAAGCAGGAAAUUGGGAACUUCUCUUACCUAUCAAAGCAAAUGAUGCGAGUUUCCCGAAUAACAGAUAAUUUGUUCUUAACUGUCUCAAGAGUCUAACCAGAUCAUUCCAGAGAAAACCACAACUGGAGGAAGACCACUUUAAGUUCAUGGCAAACCUCUUUCAACGCGGUCAUGCUCAAGCUGUCGAAGCCAGUCCACCGCUGAAAGAUGCAACCUACACUUCUAAACGUGACAAUAUAUAAUACCUGCCCCAUUUUGGUGUGUAUCAUCCCUAUAAGCCAAACAAAAUCUGGGUAGUCUUUGAUUCGUCAGCAGUAUUCCAAGGCAAGUCCCUGAAUCGCGAGCUUCUCUCUGGUCCUGAUUUACUUAAUAAUCUUUUGGGGAUCCUAAUCAGAUUUAGAAGAAAAGAAAUCGGUGUGAUGUGCGACAUUGAGCAGUUGUUUCAUGCUUUCUACGUUUACCCUCUGCAUCGAGAUCUAAUGCGCUUCUUGUGGUAUAAAGAUAAUGACCAAGAAAACGAAAUUGUUGACUACAAGAUGACUGUGCAUAUCUUCGGAAACACCUCAAGCCCAGCAGUAGCGACAUUUGGAUUACGGAGGACGGCAGAUGAAGGGAAGGAAGAAUUUGGUGAUGCAGCGAACAAGUUUGUCCUUGACGACUUCUACGUGGACGAUGGAAUCAUAUCUUGUGACACCGUAGGCGAAACCCUGCAGUUGAUAACAAUCACACGCGAUAUGUUACACACAGUAAACUUGCGUUUACACAAAAUUGCGUCGAAUUCUCCAGAAGUGAUGAAAUUGUUAUCUCCACAGGAUAAAGUAGAGAAUCCGCGUAACCUUGAUCCCAGUUAUGACCCUCUCCCUCAACAACGAUUGUUGGAUGUAGUAUGGAACAUAGAAAAGGACGCCUUGUGCUUCUACCAGAGAAACCAUUCACACGUAGAGGUGUUCUAG